CAGCGCGAAGUGCCAGGUUAGAGCUCAGACAAGGCUCUGUCCAGCCAGCUCAACUCAACUUAACCACCACAACUUUUCAGAGGGAUGUCUUUCCUAUAAGUUUACCAAACUGAGGCAUUGACCCAAGUUUUAUAACUUUUAAUUUUAUUAGUUGCUCUUUGCUUACUUUUAAGUAGUGUUUAAGGUCUCUUGUUUGAGGAUAAGUAUUGCGCGACACUUUUAGAGAAGACAGGCGCGUACUGAAACAUCCAAAUUUGGAUUAUAGUUUCUGGUUCUCGGCUUUCAGUUGAGAAAACCCGACUCGUGAUGGUUGUCCUGUCACUUAGGUUACUAGUGGUAGGAGUUGUAGUAAGUCUGACUUCAGCUCAUCUGGCUGGUGAAAGUAUAGAUAAAGAAGACUUGUUGAAGAGCCGUCUGAAAGAAUAUGGCCUCAUUACUCCCAUCAGCACCGACGCAGAGGGACACUUCCUCUCGCAUCUUCUUUCGGCCAAUCACAAGCAGCGUGUGAAGCGGGAGGUUUUGGAAGGGUCAUCGCCAGCGGCAGACAGGCUGUUCUUUAACAUCACUGUCUUUGGCAAGGAAUUCCACCUCCGACUACAUCCCAACCAAAGAUUAGUGGCUCCGGGAGCCAUGGUGGAAUGGCACGAUCAGAUUGAAAUAACUGGAAAUGCGACCGAGAAUGGAACCAACUCAGAAAGAAUACUCAAAAGGGAGUUGCUGAAAACAGACUGCACUUUUAUAGGGGACAUCACAGAUGUGCCUGGAGCCUCUGUCGCCAUUAACAACUGUGAUGGGCUGGCUGGAAUGAUUCGAACUGAUUUUGAUGAGUACUUCAUUGAGCCUCUGGAGCGAGGAACACAGGAACACGAAGAGAGUGGAAGAGUGCAUGUGGUGUAUCGAAGGUCUGCAGUAUUGAAAGCGCCUUCAGACAUCUCAUUGGAUUACCAGCCGAUCGAACCUGAACUGGAAGCACCCAGGGUGCUGGACAAAAUUGCGAAACAAGUCAACCGGACGGUCAGGAGACGGAGACACGCUGGUGACGAUGUCUAUAACAUUGAAGUGCUGCUUGGAGUAGACGAUACUGUUGUCCGUUUUCAUGGGAAAGAGCAUGUGCAGAACUAUCUCCUCACCCUCAUGAACAUUGUGAAUGAGAUCUACCAUGAUGAGUCACUGGGAGUGCACAUUAAUGUUGUUCUUGUGAGGAUGAUAAUGCUUGGAUAUGCUAAGUCCAUCAGUCUCAUUGAGGGUGGCAACCCUUCGCGGAGCCUGGAAAAUGUGUGCCGCUGGGCAGUCAUCCAACAGAAAGAGGAUCCAGAGCACUCGGAGCAUCACGACCAUGCCAUCUUCUUGACCCGGCAAGGUUUCGGCCCCACCGGCAUGCAAGGAUAUGCCCCUGUCACCGGGAUGUGCCACCCUGUCCGCAGCUGCACCCUCAAUCAUGAAGACGGCUUCUCUUCUGCCUUUGUUGUAGCCCAUGAGACAGGACACGUGCUGGGAAUGGAGCAUGACGGUCAGGGCAACCGCUGCGGUGAUGAAACAGCCAUGGGAAGUGUCAUGGCUCCUCUGGUGCAAGCAGCCUUCCACCGCUACCACUGGUCGAUGUGCAGCGGGCAAGAGCUGAAGAGAUACAUUCAUUCGUAUGACUGCCUGCUGGAUGAUCCCUUCAAACAUGACUGGCCGCAGCUCCCCGAACUUCCCGGCAUCAAUUACUCCAUGGAUGAGCAGUGUCGCUUUGAUUUUGGCGUUGGAUACAAAAUCUGUACUUCAUUUCGCACAUUUGAUCCAUGCAAGCAGCUGUGGUGCAGUCAUCCAGAUAACCCCUACUUCUGCAAAACCAAAAAAGGGCCUCCAUUAGACGGGACUGAAUGUGCACCUGGGAAGUGGUGCUACAAAGGUCACUGCAUGUGGAAGAAUGCCAACCAAGUGAAGCAAGAUGGAGCCUGGAGUGCUUGGAGCAAGUAUGGUACCUGCUCUCGCUCCUGCGGGACGGGUGUCCGCUUCAGAACCCGCCAGUGCAACAACCCUGUUCCAUCUAAUGGAGGUCAGGACUGUCCAGGGGUGAACUAUGAAUACCAGCUGUGUAACAUUGAUGAUUGCCCCAAACACUUUGAGGACUUCAGAGCUCAGCAGUGUCACCUUCGCAACUCCCACUUUGAAUACCAGAACGCCAAACACCAUUGGCUUCCCUACGAACACCCAGAUGCCAACAAAAGAUGUCACCUUUAUUGCCAGUCAAAAGAAACAAGUGACGUGGCUUACAUGAAGCAGCUGGUGCAUGAUGGGACAAGGUGCUCUUACAAAGACCCAUAUAGCAUCUGUGUGCGUGGAGAGUGUGUGAAAGUGGGCUGUGACAGGGAAAUUGGCUCCAAUAAGGUGGAGGAUAAGUGCGGUGUGUGUGGAGGUGACAACUCCCACUGCCGAACUGUGAAGGGAACCUUCACCCGGGUGCCUAAGAAAGCCGGAAAAAAGUUAAGCAAGAGAUCCCAAAAAGAAAUCCCUGUGUUGGAAAACACAACCUGGAAAACAAGAGGAGCCUUUUUGCUGCCGAAAGGAGCUCGCAAUGUGUAUCUGAAUGAAACGGAGGAUUCUAGAAAUGUGAUGGGUUACCUAAAGAUGUUUCUGAUUCCUCCUGGGGCUAGACAUGCGAUCAUACAAGAACAAGAGGUUUCUCCUCAGAUUCUUGCUAUCAAGAACCAGGCAACCGGCCAUUACAUUCUCAACGGCAAGGGAGAAGAUGCAAGAUCUCGGCGCUUCAUCGAAAUGGGAGUGGAGUGGGACUAUCUCAUUGAGGACGAUGUCGAGACUCUUCACACUGAUGGUCCACUACAUGACGCAGUUGUUGUUCUGAUUCUACCUAAAGACAACGAGACAAGGUCCACGCUAAUGUACAGAUACAUCAUCCACGAAGAUUCAGUGCCCCUUAACAACAAUAACGUCAUUCAGGAGGACACGUAUGAGUGGGCACUGAAGAGCUGGUCCCAAUGUUCAAAACCUUGCGCUGGAGGAUUCCAAUACACCAAAUAUGGGUGUCGUAAAAAAGGUGACAACAAAAUGGUGCACAGAGGCUACUGUGACAUCAACAAGAAACCCAAACCUAUUAGAAGAAUGUGUAACUUACAGGACUGUACGCAACCACAAUGGAUCACAGAGGAGUGGGAACACUGCACUAAAACCUGUGGGAACUUUGGAUACCAAAUCCGCACCGUACGCUGUGUCCAGUUCCUUCAUGAGGGCACAAACCGCUCCAUCCAUAGCAAGUACUGCAGUGGGGAAAAGCCUGAGAUCAAGAGGCCAUGUAACAGAAUGCCCUGCCUAACCCAAUGGAAAACUGGGAACUGGUCAGAGUGCUCAGUGUCCUGUGGGGAAGGUGUGGCGAGACGUCUGGUCACAUGUCGUAUUGGAGAUCAAUGCAUCGGCGAGAAGCCCGAGUCACACAGGACCUGUAGGCCACGACCCUGCCAUGAUGAGCCAUGCGGAGGAGACAAGUCCAUAUUCUGCCAGAUGGAGGUUCUGGCUCGUUAUUGCUCGAUACCAGGUUACAACAAGCUCUGCUGUGAAUCCUGCAGUAAGCGAAGUGGCACUUUUGCUCCUCUUCUGCAUGAAGCUGCUAAGACAGAGGAGGAACUUCGCUUUGGUUCAGCCUCACAACUUCUGGAGACACUCACAGCCUCUGUAAAUGGAACUCUGAAAGUCCCACAGCUACACCAGCAGGGAUCCUCAUCACGAGGCCAAUUUCCCAAGCAGACCGCCACUCCCCCCGCUCGCAAAGCCAAUACCGAGAACAGCAAGACUCAAAAGCGCCUUAAACUCGGCACGAGGAACCUGCCAGCGAUGACGAUCCGUAGCUCGUGGAAAGAGGACGCCGCAAAAGAUGCGCCGUGGCAGCUGGAAAGUUUCCUGGAGAGUCAGUGGCCGACAGCAUCAUCCGAGGUGGAGAGAUGAAGGAUGGUUUGUCUCUAUCUUUCCUCUGGACUCUCUCUUAUUUGUUCGUUGUAGACAUAGACCUUUAACAUUCAUCUUUCCCUUCAGAUCAUCCUCAAGAUAUUUAAAAGCAAGAGAGAGUAAAGUGCUGGUUCACUUUCAGAUGUUCUCAAUUCCCUCGCCAGCAGUAUUUGUUUUUAAAACACACUUUUCAAUCACACACUGUUGUGAUGGGAAACAUGCCAAAGAAGUUCUUAUGAUGAUCCUCUCAGCAGCUUGGUCUAUGGGGGUUUGGUGCAUGUACGUGAAGAGACUCCGGUGGUACUCACGAGGAAACGCUUGUAGUUGUAUCAAACUUCUCUAUCUUUUACCAGCUCCAAACAUGGUUGACCAAUUAAUAUUUAUGAACGUUCCUGUAAAUACUGUAUAUGGAAAAUGUCAGUAUUAUUUUUACAAAAAUACAAACGGAGGAGUUUUAAAAUAAGAGAUUCAGGAGCAUUAUCGGUGCUUUUUAUAUUAAGAACACUUUAAUAAUAUGUAAUAAAUGUGCUUUGAGUUCAGCACUGAAGAAUUUGUAUUCCAAAACGGCAUGAGCCCCAGAAACAAGUGAAUCAGUCAAAUUAAAAUAGCCAUAAAAUAUUCACUUUUCAUUCAUUUCAUUCAUGAAUCAGCCUCUCAGCAAGUCAUCGAUCGAAUGAAUUCUCAUAGACUGUGAAGAUCUUAGAUUUCCCUUGUUUUGUCCUAUGAAUUUAUCUUUGCAGCCGAGAGUUUGCUUAGCCAACAACAAAACCGAGUCAAGCAGCUUCACCAUGAUGUAGGAGACCCGUCGUGAGAUAAAUUGAUUGCUUAAGGCCAGAUUAGAAGGAGUAAAGCUGGACUUUCUGGAGAUCUUAUACUGUGAGACACUGCACAAGAUAUCUCACUUGUCUAAGGGAGAGGAAAGCUAUUUAUUUUUAUAAUCAAGGAUUAUAUCACAACCACAAUGCAUCUGACUGCAAUAUCAAGAAAACCAGUUAGUCUAUCAGUGGAGUUCAGCUGUACACACACGUUCACCUGAGUGCCACUGUAAAGCUAUUGUAUAUACCAUUGAGAACUUGAGUAUUUAUUCAGAUUCAAAGUUCAACAUCAUGUCUUCUAUGCAACAUUACCUGUUGUUUCAGACCAAAAAUGCAAACUCCCAUUAAGUAGCAAGAGUAGCUCACAAAAGUAAACAUAGAAGCAAAAGUAGACGUGUGAAGAACUUUAUUGUUGUUGUUUUAAAUGCCAUUUUAGAUACAGUAAGACACAUGCUCAGUUUGAGAUGUUAAAAGGGAAAGCUGUUUCACAGCCAUUUUAGAAUAGAAAAAAUUGCAGAGAAAGUGCUAAACAAAGCUGUCAUUUACAGUGAUUCAUAUUGUCCUUUACCCACAAAUCCCCCAAUCCUCCACGAAACUGUUUUACAGUUAAUUCGUAGCUUUUGAAAAAAAAAAAAUUAUAGUGGAUUUUGAUCCUCUAGAAUAGACAAUAGUUGUAUCUGCAUACAGAUAGUGUCAGUUGUCUAAACCAACGAAAGCUGAGGUGAACGGUGUGUGCAUCACACAAAAGCUUUCAUUUUCUGCUAAAAAACUAUUGCUAAUAUUAUCGACAAGCUUUCAGAGACCCAAAAGAAUGCGAGAUAGUCGAAACUGACAAUCCCUAAGCCACAGACAGACACCCAACAUAAAGGAUAAAGCUUGUUUAUCCUCACAAUUCCAAGUUUAUGUAAGUGUUAAUUGUUGUUCCGGCUUACAAAGACACUUUCAGUUGCUAACCCGCUUGCAGUCAUUUCUUUUUGUUUUAAUUUGUACUUUUGUUAGUUGUAAAGGAAGUGUACACUACUGAGGCUGUUUGUUGUAAUGGGGAGCACAUAGCAAUAAAGAAAGUAAUAAACACCACACUGGCUCUUGAGAGA